CAUUUAUACAACAUCUUUACAGGUACCUUAAACCUAAUACAAUAUUGCCGUUAUUAACUAUAGUAACUAUUAAUUAAUAACACACUAUUAUUAAUGCUUAAAAUAUAGCUGAACAAUAAUUGUUUUCUGGAGGUUUGUCAAAAUGUUAGUUUUAAGAUGACUUUUUGUCAGUUUUGUCUGACAAUUUCAUAAAGUAGAACUACACAGUUUUGGAAGUAUAUUUGUAUCAAAAUCCAUAUUCUAUAAGAAAACUCAAAUUAUUAACGCUCUAAGUGCAAAACAAUAAAGUUAACCAUGUCAGAGAGACUUAAGAACACCAAUACUGUUUCAAACGAAGAAAUUAUAGAAGAUUUGACAAAAGAUUUGAAAUCAUCGCUGAAAACGAGAGAAGGCGAAGGAGAAACUGUUAUAAGUCCAGGGUCCAGCUCCGAGCAGUUUGUUUCAGACGCUGGAGAUGUUCCGAAGAAAACAGAUAUACCUCACACUGACUCAGAUCUCGAUGAUGAUCAUGAGGAAAAAGACAAAGAUCCCGACAGAGACAGUGACACUGAUUCUAUAGACGAGGUGUCGCUCAAGGAUGCUGAGGUGGACUUGACUGACGACCAGAAGGAGGAGAGGAAGAUCAUAGCUGAGAGCUUAAAGGCUGCGGGCAAUGAUGCAUUCAAAAUUGGCAACUUUGAACUUAGCAUAGAGAAGUAUACUGAAGGUUUAAAAAUAUGCCCCCUACAGUUCUCACAACACAGGUCAAUAUUGUAUUGCAACAGAAGUGCUGCUAAAAUGAAGCUCCAGGAAUACAAAAGAGCUGUAAAAGACUGCACCAAAGCUAUAGAAUUAGAUGAUAAUUACAUGAAGGCAUAUAUUAGGAGAGCACAAUGUUACGAAGCGACAGAAAAGUUCGACGAAAGCUUAGCAGACUUCAAGAAGGUUCUAGAGUUAGAUCCUGCGAAUAAAGAAGCUGAGAGGGCAGUGAAGCGUCUGCCGCCUUUAAUAGAAGAGAAAAAUGAGAAAUUAAAAAAAGAGAUGCUGGGGAAACUGAAGGAUCUAGGGAAUAUGAUACUGAAACCUUUCGGUUUGUCAACGGAAAACUUCCAAAUGGAACAAGACCCAGAAACAAAAGGCUAUAAGAUCAAUUUCAAACAAUAAGCUGUGAAAUAUAAAUUAUUUAACAAUG